AUGACGAUGGCCUACGCUUCUAUCUAUCCCUCCUCGCCUCAUCGUCUCAGGACUCCCCCUCCCACUCCCUCGUCGUCACCUAUACCUAAGAAAGUUCAGUGGGGCUUGCUGCAGUCGUAUCUUGAAACUCUUUCGCCUGAGUCUCCUCUGCCUAUGCUUCCUAGCUGGCUCGACAGUGUUGACAAAUCCGUCAUCCUCACUCUUCUCGCGAAGAAGCGCUCAGAGCUCCAUCUCCUCCGCUCAGAAGCAAAGCGACCUGGCCUUGCCCCGCCAAACGUCUCCGACACAUUUCAAUUCCCAGACUACGAUGUGGGGACUCGUGGCUCGGGCUAUACGACGCCGUCGAAAGCAACGCAAGUCCCGCCAGACUCAGCAUCCAGCUCCCGACCACCCUCCCGCAGAGCCCGCAACAACAGUGAACUACACAACAUCGAGGAAGGAAUCGGCGAUGCACUUGCGAAACUCAACACGUCCGGACUCCACUCCAGAGGACACAGCGAGAACGGAUUCCAGCUCCCAGGCCAGCUCUCCCCGCUCAGUCCAACAUUCGGGCCCCGCAGAGGCCAUGUGCAAAUUGGAACCCUGGAGCGCAGACGAGCAAGCGUCCCCGCUAACGUGUAUAUGUCCCAGAACAGGACUCCGACGAGCCCUGCGUGUGCGAAGCGUCCGCCGUACUCGGCCUCCCUCCCCGCAGGGAGCCAUUGUCUAGUGAAAUCCAGCUGGGAGGCGGAACAGAGGAUAUUGUGGGAAGCCGCAUGGACAGAGAUUGAGAGAAAUUUGGAAGCGUAUGCGCGUCGAUUUGAGGACGGUAAUAGCGACCUUGACGAAAGAGACAAUGAUGACGUGUGGAGAGAAUUGGUGAACCUGAGGAAUGACAAAAUGGAGGUGCUAGAUAUACUUGCGAGCCGAGCGGACAAUACCUCGGGAAUGAGGCGGAUGAGCCUUCUUGAUUUGUCUCGCUAA